AUGCUGCACCAUUUCAUCAAGACAGUUGUCGUCCCGAGUGGUAAGAAGAAACUGGUCGUGUAUGCGGACAACUGCGGAGGCCAGAACAAAAACAAUCUGGUAAUCAAAUUUUUGCUGGCCCAAGUGCACAUGGGCGUGCUCGAACGUGUCGACUACAAGUUUUUCGUCAAAGGUCACACGAAGUAUUCGUGUGACAGGGGCUUUGGGCACAUCCGCAAGUUCCUUGUCCGCCAGGAUUGCUGGACGCUAGACCACGUGGUAGAUGCAGUGAAGAAUUCCGCCACUUUGAACCGAACCGUCCACAUUUCCCCUCUACAAAAACCUACCGGUGUGCAGCAGUACCAAUGGUUUGCAAUGGACGCCUCAAAGCCCGGGGUUGUCGAGUGCAGGAAGAGCCCGAUAACCGAUGCAGAAGAACAGAACCUACGCCGAAAUGUUGACGGCGUUCUCACGGAAAGUGGCAAGGUAACCCGCAUGUUCGAGCAUUUCCUUGAGCUGCUACCGGCUCCUGCGGUCAACACGGAGAAGAAGUACACGAUGCACAACGUCGUACGUCCCUACGUACCAGAUGAGUUCCGUGGCGACCCUAUCUACGCCGCACUUAGCAAAGAGCAAGGUCAAUCUGCUAAAGCAGCCAACCAGUCACGCCGCCUACACCGAGCUGCAAUGGCGCUUGCAGCGAAGAAGAACCAGGACCAGAGAGGAAGAGUCGUCGGAGGAGAAGACGACGAAGCCGCCGUGACAACGAAGAAGCCGCGGAAGUCUGGUCGAGCUUAG